CCACACCAACCAGGAACUCCGCUGGUUUAAAAGGAAGCGAGCUCUCUGAUUGUUUACCGCCGCCACAGGGAGAAGUCUGACAACAUGAGAGCUCUCGUCCUGCUAGCGUGUCUGUCGGUGGUCUGCCUGGCUCAGAGACCCCAACCCUGCUCCUCCCCAUGGCUGAUGACCGGUUCCCUGUCUGUGUCCACGCAAAACGAGAAGCUGGCAGCCUUCGCCAAGUACACCUACGAUGCCCUGGGACAGCGCAUCCGUCUGAGAGAGUUUGGGUCCUACGAUAAUAGGACCUUCCACCUGGACGUGCUUCUCCUGUACAAACAGGGUGUCAUGUACAAGAUCAGCUACAGAAACCACACAUGCUGCAAGAAGUCUCUGAACAGAGAGUUCCACCCGCUGGCCAUUCCAAAGAACGCUUCCCUGCUGGGCCAAGCUGUGCUGGGCAGCUCCUCGGGCCCCGGACAGGGAGUCCUGGUCAACACGUGGACCGGUCAGCUGCAGAUGAGAAACAGAACAGCGCAGUACAUGAGCACCGUGACUGAGUUCGGCUGUGUUCCCGUCACCACUCUGUUCCACACCGCCAAAAACGGUUGGAUGGUCACCAGCUUCUUCAACAACGUCAUCGGGCUGGCUGAUCCUCAACAGCUCAUCCCGCCAAGUUUUUGUAAGGAUGCCAAACUUGAGAAAGAGGAAGGAGAGGAUGCCGCCACCUUCUACAGCUUGUUUUAAACCAUUCUUCGCAUGAAUAUACUCUGGUUUGAUGAGGACUGUACGGCAAGCUUUGCACUGAACCAUCACUCCUUUUAGUUCAUGAUAAUGAAGUAUCAGUGAAGAAAGAUGAAGUGAAUAUGAUCUUCAUCAUCAGUCCAUCAGUUUAUUCAUUCAGCUGACUGUGAAUCAAAUAUUGUAGCAUUUACAUUAAUUACAAAUGAACAUAAAUGAAUCAUAAUGUCUUGGGUUUUUUUUCCAUCAUGUAUGAAUAAAAAUGGCUUAAAUUCAACUUUU